UCCCAGGCCCCGUUUUCCGCGUUUUUUUAAUUAUUUAUUUCCGUGUAAACUGCAGUCUUGAUAUAAAAAAACAUUGAUGGUCGAUAAUUUAGCCCUGCGUUAAAGAGCCCCGGGGUGAACUGCAAAGGAUUAUAAAGUCGUCUCUUCCGUUUUUUAACCCAGCGACAUGGCUCGACCACGGCCGCGUGAAUACAAGGCAGGAGAUUUGGUUUUCGCUAAGAUGAAGGGAUACCCGCACUGGCCGGCGAGGAUUGAUGAGCUUCCAGAAGGAGCUGUCAAACCGCCUGCCAACAAGUACCCCAUCUUCUUCUUUGGGACCCAUGAAACCGCAUUCUUGGGCCCGAAGGAUCUUCUGCCCUACAAGGAGUAUAAAGACAAAUUUGGCAAGUCCAACAAGAGGAAAGGCUUCAAUGAGGGUCUAUGGGAGAUCGAGAACAACCCCGGAGUCAAGUUUACAGGCUAUCAGGCCAUCCAGCAACAGAGUUCGUCAGAAACAGAAGAGGGAGGAAACGCUGCUGAUGGCAGCAGUGAGGGCGACUCUGUUGAGGAGGAAGAUGACAAGGAAAAGCUGAAGGGAGACAAGACCGGAUCCAAACGGAAAAAGACAGCCAGCUCCAAGAAAUCCUCCAAGCUGUCGAGGAUCUCAUCUGGGGAGGAUGACCUGGAGAAGGACGGGAAAGAUGACGACCAGAAGAGCGGCUUAGAGGGAGGAGACCCCGACAACGACAUCAUCCAAAAUACCACCGACAGUAAGAAGCAGCUGCUCAUAGAAGAACAUUAGGCGAAGAAAAGAAAGCAUGAAAGGGAAAUGGUUCUUUGUAGCUGUGAUGUUGGAAAGGUGAACCUCCGACGUGAUUUCUCAUCAGCACCAUCUACUGGCUGCCAUCUUCACCUCCGCUUCGCUGUUGGACUUCAAGUAUGUGUUUUUAUAAAAAAAAAAGGUGCACCCAUACUGAUAAUGGUAUCUGGGUGACAGGGUAUAACUGGGCAUUAUGUCACACAGUUUUUUUGUUUGUUUGUUUUAUUCAGUGCCUACAUUUAAAGGCAAAGAGCUGUAUCAGAAAUCAAAGCAAAGCCCUUUGUCAUCUUGAACUCUCUUAAAUAGACAGAUUCAGAUGGUUAAUCAUGUUUACCCGGUGACUCUGAAUGCUUGUGAGUUUAUAUUGUUUUCAUCAACGUGAAGUUUAGGACAUGUAAAGGGGCAUUACGUACUUGACUUGACUUGUAUCAUGUUCUAUCGGCAACAAUUAGGCGUUGUGAUACUAUGAGUUGUGUUUAUAUGGAGCCUUCUUCUCUGCUAGGCUUACAGGCCAGCUACAUUGCACGCGUGAAGUAUGCUCCUACACUGCGCUUCCACUACAAUCCAUCAAAUCCGGCUACACCGCGCAUGAGAGCAGCUUGUAUGCGGUGCGUAUGCGUCGCUGAGAUCCGCUCUACAAGCGUACAAAAUAGGAUAGUCUAUUUAUAUUUUUUACGCCCUUAUACACAGAAAUGGAUCAUAAAGUGUCUA